CUCCUACACCAUCACAUACCUCAACACUGCUUCCACACAAUGUCCUUGUUGACAGGUCUUCACGUCCGCCGCCCCUCCUCCCUCCUCCCCUUCCCCGCUGCCCGCCGCGCCCGACUCACUCCUCCUCAGCGUGCCGCCAUCGUCAUGAUGGACUCUAUCAAGAACCCCCAAGAGCGCCUGACUCACUCUCAAAUGGCUCACAUGCUCGGCACGACCCGCUCAGCCAUCUCCAAGACCCUCCGCCCGCAGUGUGUGGCGAGGAUCCAAGCCAUGUAUCCGCAGCUCUUCACGACGAGCGGGGUGAAGGAGACGCACGAGUUCUUCGCCCUCCACUCCUCCCAGCAGACCUCGCAGCUUGACCCCGAGGCCUGCCGUGCUGGCUCGCAAGGGCCGCCGGAGCAGUCCCAGCCACAGCCCCAGCCCCAGCCCCAGCCCCAGCCCCAGCCCCAGGCCCAGGCCCAGCCCGCGUACAAGACGGUGGACUUCAUGGUGUGCAUGGCGGAGGGUGUCUGCGAGGGCGUGUCAGUACGGCUGGAGGUAGACGGGGAGGGGCGGGUGGUGAGGGGGCAUGGGGCGCUGGUGAGGGCGCUGGUGGAGGAGUACGAGCUGGUGCUGGGGUGCUGCGAGGAGAGCGUGGUGGUGUCGUACGAGGACUCGGACGGAGAUCGGGUGGAGAUGAGGUCGGACGAGGACUUGGCACAGGCGAUGGAGAGCUAUCCUUUCGGGUACGUGAGGGUGUACGUGCAGGGGAGAGGGGGAGGGGGAGGGAGCUGCGGGGGCGGGGAAUGGAUCGUAGGGGAGCCUCCGGCUCCGACGCGAACGUGAAGCGUUUCGGAGGAUGAAGCAUCAAAGAAAAACGAUGAUGAAUGGCUUUCAGCGGUUGGAAGGUAGAAGGCCUUGUGUUCAACGUUGUUGCUGAGGCUUGGCCUGGACUCGGUAUGUCUAAUUAUACACCCGGUUAUCAACAUAAGACGGCGGCGGGUUGAAUUGAAUAUAAAUACUUUGAAGUAUG